AUGGAACAGACCUCGAACGUUGGUGACGCUCGAAAGCUCUAUCGUCUGAUCCGCCAAGUUAGCGGUAAGCCCUCUACACUGAGUGACUCUGUUCGCGAUGUGAACGGCGGCUUUAUUGCUGACAACUCGGCCAAAUACGAGCGCUGGCGUGAGCACUUUGAGCACCAUCUCAACUUCGAUACCCAACCUACAUCGCCCUUGUUCUCCUCCUCAGCGGAGUUUUUUCCCUCUCCUACCUAUGCAGUGCCAUGCGAUCCCCCCUCCGAGGGAGAAGUCGCCGAUGCCAUACGAAAGUUGCGCAACAAUAAGGCACCCGGAGAGGACGGUAUACCCGCUGAAAUCUUUAAGUCUUGUGUCGACACUCUGGCGCCCUGGCUCCAUGAGGUGACUGAACGAGCGUGGAGAGACGAGGUUGUUCCUGAUGACUGGGGCUUAGGCAUCCUUGUACCUAUCCUCAAGAAGGGAGAUAAGACGAGAUGCGAAAACUACCGCGGCAUAAGUCUCAUCGACUUUGCUGCGAAGAUCUUCGCUAUUGUCCUACUCAGACGAUUCCAGGCUGUGCGUGACUCAAGGACGAGGCCCAACCAAGCCGGAUUUCGUGCUGGACGUGGAUGCGCAGAUAAGAUAUUCAUACAGAGGCGCAUUCUCGAAUUUCACCAUAGCUACCAACAACCGACGGCCGUCUGCUUCGUUGACUUUGCCGCCGCGUUCGAUUCCGUUCACCAUGAGUCCCUGUGGCGGAUAAUGGCGCUAGAUGGUGUACCGGCAAAAAUAAUCGCCAUGAUCAAGGCCUACUAUCGUUCCACUACUGUGAGAGUCCUGGUCCGUAACAAUCUUUCCCAACCGUUCGGUAUUCGGUCUGGCGUCCGACAGGGUUGUAUCCUGUCACCCAUACUGUUCAACUACGCUAUUGACUGGAUCCUCGGGAGGGCCCUACGCGACAGUGGCGGCGUUGAAUUUGCACCCGGACAUCGACUGACUGAUCUCGAUUAUGCCGAUAAUAUCGCCUUACUUGCUUCAAGUUUUGGUGAUCUGCAGUCUAUGGUGUCACGGGUGAACGAGGUCGCUAGAUCAGUCGGUUUGUCCAUAAACGCUGGGAAGACCAAAGUAUUCUCAAGCUGCAUCCCUGACCAGGAGAAGGCACCCCUGGGGAUUUAUGGCUGUCAAUUUGAAGAAGUGGACAGUUUUAAAUACCUCGGGGCGCGGCUGCUGUCUAAUGGACAGAGUAAGGACGACAUUGUCUCCCGAAUCGAUGCUGCCCGCUGGGUUUUUUCAAGCCUUCGGAAAUGCCUGUGGAACCGACGUGACCUCUCCAUCGCCACUAAGAUUCGCGUGUACCGUGCAUCUGUCCGGUCUUUCCUUCUCUACAGUUGUGAAUGCUGGGCUUUGCGCGCGGCAGAUGAGCGAAAACUGGAGGUAUUUGACCACCACUGCUUGAGGAUCAUCCUUCGAGUGAAGUUAACCGACUUCGUCUCAAAUGAGAUAGUCCGCGCUCGCUGCGAAAACAUCGCGAGGAUAACUCAGGCCAUCCGAGAAAGACGACUGAGGUGGUUCGGGCAUGUUCUUCGUCGUCCACCUCAGGAGCCCAGUGUUACUGCCCUUGAUCCAACACCGUUGCCCCAUUGGAGGCGUCGAAGUGGGGGUCAGUUCAAAACCUGGCUCGACACUGUCCGUCAAGACAUGGAGGUGGUUCUUGGACCUUCGGUAUUCGGUCUCCGUCGUUGGCGAAGGGAAUGGGUUGAGCUGUCUAGAUCUGCUGCCGCGGAUCGUCACGCGUGGAGAGGUACAAUUCGGGACAUCAUCGAGGCCGGCUAG